UUGCAAAUGACUUUUUCAUUGUUUGUUUGGGUCUCGUCAAAACGUGGAAAAGUGAGAAAAUAUGCUGGUAAAUUGGAGGAAUUGGUGUCGUCUGUGUGCAAAAAUAGUAUCUAAAGGUCUGGAUAGUGUUAAUAAUAUGGAAUCUACAAGAAAUCAAUUGAAAAUCGUCAGCAAAUACCUUAUGCUAUCCUUUCUUCCUGAGGAUAAUCAAACGACUAUUUGUGAAGACUGUAGCAACUUUCUGGUGCAGCUGGAGCACUUCAGUGAUUCUUGUUUGAAGGUGAAUCAAAUGUUUAGCGAAUUGAUGCAUAAUGACAACAUCUCAAAAUCAGAUUUGGAAUCAAUUCGCUUAAAGUAUGGAGUGGAUAAUGAUGAGAUCAAAUACAGGAAACUUUUGUCGGAAGAUCUAAGCAUAAAGGCACCAAAGAGGGAUUCAGAGAGUUCUGAGCACUGUUCAGAUCCUCUCGAUGAUAUUGCUGUGAAAGAUGAUGAAGUUGCAGAAGAAGUUGUUCCUGAGCGUAGAACACGAAGUCUCACAAGUAAGAGACUCGAAUUACCAAAAAAUGAAGCCAUUGAUUCUGUUAAAGGAAAACCCAGAAGAAGGACAAAGAACGAGAGCAUUACGAGAGAUCGAGCGGAGCGAUGGAGAGGUCCAAGGAGCUCAAGAGAGAAGCCAAAGUACUGCGAAAUAUGUCAGAAGAAGUACAGUCGCAAGUAUUUGCUGACUUUGCACAUGCGACAGAAACAUUCGGACGAAGAAUUGCCUUUUGUGUGCUCGAAAUGUCCCAAACGAUUUGUUACGGAAAAACGUCUGCAAAUUCAUGAGAUGACUCACUUGCCUGAUGAAAAGAGACUAAUUCAUCCUUGUCCGUUCUGUGAUAAGAAAUUCAGCACAGCCGGUGGAACUCAGGGUCACAUUCGUUCUGUUCACAUCGGUGAUCGGCCGUUUAUUUGCGAAGAAUGCGGCAAAUCCUUCUCAACGAAAGGCGCUCUGAAGGAGCAUCAAAUCAGCCACACUGAAGAACGCUCUUUCCAGUGUUCACACUGUCCUAAGAAGUACAAGAAUCAGUCCCGUUUGAAAGCCCACGAGGAUGUCCAUAACAGCACUACGUACGAAUGCCCUCACUGUGGCGUAAAGAGGAACACCAAGAGAAAUCUCAGACUUCACAUGUUGGUGCAUUCGGACGUGAAGAAGUACAAGUGUAAUUACUGCGGUAACGAGUACAAGCGAGCAAAGGCUCUCAAGGAGCAUAUUUUCCUGCACACCGGUCAACGUCCUUAUGAGUGUCCUUUCUGCGAUAAAACAUUUGCAAGUGGCGCUAAUUGUCGAGGGCACAAGAAGAAAGCGCAUCCAGUGGAAUUGGCUGCUCUUGAAGCUUCUGGAGAGGAGCCAAAGCCCGCUAUUCUUCCCAGGCUUGAGCACUUACAAUCCAGAUUAGUUUUAUCAAAUAACAAUGAAUAAAGAGAUAUUCAUACACUCAAAAUAUCUUCUGCAUGAGUGUUGGAAAUAUACUCAUAUAGAGAAUUUGGCCUGAAGCCUAUUAAUGACUUUUGCUUGAAGCAUUUCAAUGUAUAAAAGACUGCCGUCAGUGCAUCCAAGAGUUCGUCCUUCAGACAUUGUGUAAAAGCGUGAAAAUGCUGGAAAAUUGGAAAAAUUGGUGUCGGUUUUGUGCCAAAAUGACCACAGCAGACAUAAAAGUGUCGUAUAAAAUGGAAUCUACAAGAGAUCAACUGGAAAUCAUCAACAAAUACUUUAUGAUUUCGCUUUCUUCAUUCGAAGAUAAUCUCUCAACUGUGUGCAAUGAUUGCUCAGCAUUCUUGAGGAAGUUGGAAAAAUUCAAGGAUAUUUGCUUAAAUGUUGACCACAU